CAAGCAGCCGAGAAGUUGACUGCUUGUAAGAAAUUUACCUGGGAAGGGACAUAAUCAGUUGAGGCAAUAUGUCUUCUAGAGUGAAAUAUGGCUCGGCUUUUUCCCCUGUCAUCCCUUCUAAAUCCGUCUUAAAUCAUCCUUUCUCCAUUAAAAACCUGCUCAGUCUCUGCGACGACCGACGAGGUGAAGACAACGAACAUAAUAAAAGAUUCGCCAAUCUUUCCCCUGCCAGCGAAAACACGGCAAGGAAAACACGCCCCGUGAAAGAGGGCACAGGUUUGAGUGCAGCACAAGGUAACUUCGAUCUAAACAGUGUCUGGCCGGCAUGGGUUUAUGCUACGAGAUAUUCGAGGCACGGUAUCCCUCCAGGUUAGUUAUAAUAUAAAUUAGAUUAAAAGAUAUGACGAAGCCUUGAAGCUACGUUAUACAUAAGUAAAGCGGUGCAACAUUUUCUACCUUAACAGACUCCCAUCGGAACUGCAAUAAAUCAUGUAUGACCCGUCUCAACGUGAUACAUGAAAUAGCACCUUCUUGGAGAGCAUAACUUUUCACUUCAUAAACAGCUAUCCAGCGUGCGAUUUCUGAACUUGAAUUAAAUUUAAAAAAACAUAUCUGUGAAACGUAUUCUUUCCCCAAUUUAUGUUUCAAUCGUGCAAAGGUUAACUUCUUAGGGUAAUGCUCUUUUAAAUAAAUACGCUAAAAAGGGCUUGCACAUCUAAUACACCAAACAAUAAUACUCGCAAUGAAAUAUAAAUUUAUGUGGCUUGCAAGCCUUUAGCUUAGGCCGUAACAUUUUGUAUAAUGUUUGCGUCAGAAUUUCAAAAUACACACCAAAGGAGGUGAACAAUCAGAGAUGUGUCUUUAAAUAUAAUACUAACAUUAGGCCAAUAUCGUAUAAUAAUUUUUUUUGAAUGGUGAAGUGUAACAUUUAUCUAUUCGAAGAGGAACUCCGUGAACCACUACAUAUUCAGUGGGUAAUUAGAAGGGGUGUUUACCGACCUUUUAAUUGCUCGGAAUCAGAACAGGAAAAGACAUAAAACGAAGUUUCAUCGGAUUUUACAGCUGCCGGUUUCCCAUGAUCUGAUUCUUUGGCGUUGUUUCUGUAGACAUUGUUUGGGAGCUUUUCAAAGUGGAAAAAAACCGUCGACUGCAUUAGUCAAUUGUUUAGAUGUAUCAAAGAAGUUGCGAAAACGACCUCAAAGGUGCUAACUAAGUUAGCCAAACAUGAUUAGCGAUGGCUAAAAUUAUCAAUCACUUUCGGAAAUAUUUGGAAAGUUCAAACUGAUUUCCUGAAGCGUAAAAUUGAAGCUUAAGUGGACCGAAUAUGAGAGGACGCUAGCGGAUGUGCUAUAUUUAUUGGCUAAGAGUAACCUAUAAGCAUUUCCGCUGGACUCGUGUGUUCCCCACGCACACGCAUACGAACAAUACGUGCAAUGGUAAACAUCUCCACUUUAAUAAAAAUACAAUGGAACUUCGAAAGCUGGCACUAUUGGCACAAUCUGACGUGCGAUUUACUGACGUGCCUGAAUAAACGGAAUCCUUUCAAAAUGCAUUCAAUUCCUCUGAUUCACAGAAACCAUUGUGAUAUUGAUAGAUUUGUCAGACUGAAAAAAUGAUCAUUUUACCGUGACCUGUGAUACAGGUGGAAAUUGACAUUGUUAUAUCUCACCAAGAGAUUCUGGAAAAUUUACGUCGGUAGCCGAUGAGGAACACACAUUACACUCAAGCACUGAUUUAACAGUUCUGGUUCGUUGUCAGGCUUUGGAAAAAACUGCGACGGACAUGAAGGUCAUGAAGAGCAAAAAAAAUGCAAGGAAAAGUUAUGCUGAUAACUCCCCAAUCAUAUAUCUGAUUUCUCAGUAAAUGGGUACUUUCAGCUCUGAAUGCGUCCUCUCCACGAACUGGAGAAAUGCAGAAAAUUGAGUUUGCAAACUCCUAUGUUCAUUUGCAGUAACUUGCACAUAUUGCAGUCUUUUGGGCUUAGUUGGUUGUUACUUUUAUUUUUCUUUUUUAAGCCCAAAUAUUAACUAUUACGGUUAAAGACCUAUUAUGUUAUCAACUGAUUUAACUUACAGCAAACUAUGCAAACCCACGAAGGCCUCGCAAACCUAUCAAGAGACAGAAGCAACGGCCUCUUUUCUCGCCAGAACAGCUCCAAAAACUCGAAGAAGAGUUUGUCAACGAAAAAUACAUCUCCAAGUCUCGACGGUGUAAACUAGCCGCAGAAAUAAGCCUUACUGAAGCGCAAGUCAGAACAUGGUUUCAAAACAGACGAACAAGAUGGCGUAAAGAAGUACAUGAAGAGGACGACGAUCCCAGCUGGACCACGCACACUGGAAUGGCAAAAUAUGACGCUAGUGUCUUAACUGCUAACUGUAUGAUAGUACGAGGAUAUUGCUCAUCUUGAAACUGUGACUUCCACACAGAUGCAUUUACCCUCAUGAUUUUAAAGUCCUGUUAGUUACUUUUUCUCCGACAAUAACACUCGUGCAGUGCAGUAAACUGAGUAAGAAGAAUAUUUGUCAUCAAUAAAAUACGUGGCAAACCAAAGAUUUCCAGGCAAAAUGAAAGAUAGAAGACAAAAUUAUUCGACAGAUUAUGCGUGUAUUUUUUGAGCAAAUGAAAAAUCAGCUUAUAAAAUUAACUGAUGCAUUUUAGAUCGGUAAGGAAAUUUCCAGAAUGGGAAAUUAGAUUGGCAGCCGUGAUCACCAUGGAAAGCUGAUUAUCCAGGGCUGCUGGUUAAAAAUACGAGGCCUUGUACACGUAUUUCAAGGAGGCGAGUAUAUUCACUGUGGCCGUUUUAAUGAUGAAAGUUACAUUUUUUGUCUCAGGACUCGGCUAUAAAGCUGAAGUGCGGAAAAGCACAAUCUUAGGGAGUUCGCAUCGCACCAUCGAUGAUUUGUUUCACUCGAGUUAGUUCUUCUACCACGGUGUUAUUUCCAGACCAUUUGCUUGUCAGGUUAGAGCGUGUCAUUUCGGUGAAUUUUGUACAUUUUAAUACCUACAGAAAAUUUUUUUGUGAACGCACACUCUUAAAGAGGUGGUGUUGCGUUCCCAAGAAGGCUCUUGUGCAACUUCACCAACUCAAAAAUCUUGCUUAACCAACUCUUGUUCUUCUAAAAUUUAAUUAUAAGCAAAAAAUUUUGGUUGGCAAUUUUAAAAUACAUUAUUUUUAAAGGAUGUUAAUGUGUAAGAGUGUACGUGUUAUCAAUCGUGUUCUCCACAUGAUGGUAACCUUGCCUGUGUAGAUUAUCUAUGGACGUUCGAAAUUUCAACGUUACAACUGGACCUAUUAUUUAUUUCUUAGUUCAUAAAAAAAUUAUGCGUCAAGCAGAUUAAUAAAAUCA